CCCAGGAGCGGCGUUCGCCCAGCACCGCCCCGCGGCGCCGGGCACGCUGGGAGCCGUAGUCCGGGAGUGCACGAAAAAAAAUGGGUGGAAAGCUGCUGGGACUGUCUGUGGACAAGAUGGCUGCCAGCCCUGCCAACAAGAUGGCUGCCCUAAGGCCAGGGUUCCUGAGGGACAAGGGUGCCAUGGGAUCAGACCUCUCCUGYCUCACAGCUCGGACCCGGAAGAUGCACAUAACAUCAGCCCUUCAGCAAAUACUACAUGGCCAGUUGCUGUAGCAAUUGCAAAAGGAGUGUUCAACACCCAGUGGCUUGAUGGGAAUKAUGCUAUUCUUAGCACAGCGGUACUACAACCAUGCCCAGCUUCCGCCUGAGACAGCAGACAGUGGCAGUGUAAGACUGGAAACAUCUGGGCUGAAUGGACUUUAGCAUCAAAAGAAGCUCUCAACUGUUAACUCAAAAAAUUAACUACAUCAAAAUGAAGCAGGUACCAGAGAUCCUUGGAAAUACYAAUGGGAAACCCCAGAAUUGUGAAGUGAAUCGUGAAUGUUCCGUCUACUUGGGCAAAGCACAACUUUCUGCCACCCUGCAGGAAGGUGUCAUGCAAAAAUACAAUGGCCAUGAGACUCUUCCRUUUAUUCCCGCUGAUAAAUUGAAAGAUCUGACCUCUCGGGUGUUUAAUGGCGAGUCCGGGGCCCAAGAUGCAAAGCUGCGCUUUGAACCCCAGGAAAUAAAGGGAGUUGGAACACCCCCCAACACUACUCCUAUCAAGAACGGCUCUCCAGAGAUAAAGCUGAAAAUCACUAAAACCUACAUGAAUGGGAAGCCUCUUUUUGAAUCUUCCAUUUGUGGAGACAAUGGUGCAGAUGUGUCUCAGUCAGAGGAAAAUGAACAAAAGCCAGCAAACAAGGAGAGGAGAAGCAGAAAAAGAAGCAUAAAAUAUGACUCCUUACUUGAGCAGGGUCUUGUUGAAACAGCRUUAGUAUCAAAGACUUCAAGCACCACUGAAAAGAAGGCUCCUGCUAAGCGAGAUCCAACCYUAAGUUCCAUCAAAGAGGAAAAAGUCCAUCUUUUGAAGUAUAAUAUAGGAGAUCUAGUGUGGUCAAAAGUGUCUGGUUUCCCAUGGUGGCCAUGUAUGGUGUCUGCUGAUCCUGUUCUUCAUUCCUACACUAAACUAAAAGGACAGAAAAAAAGUUUUCGCCAAUAUCAUGUUCAGUUUUUUGGAGAUGCCCCAGAGCGAGCCUGGAUAUUUGAGAAGAGUCUGGUGCCCUUYAAAGAAAAAGACCAGUAUGAACACUUAUGCCAAGAGAGUGCAAGACAAGCCCUCACUAAAUCAGAGAAAGUAAAGAUGCUAAAGCCCGUGUCAGGGAAGCUGCGGCCACAGUGGGAGAUGGGUGUGAAGCAAGCCAGUGAAGCAGUGAGCAUGACAGUGGAGGAACGCAAGGCCAAGUACACCUUCAUCUAUGUCAGGGACAGACCUCAUCUUAAUCCUCGAGUGGCAAAGGAGGUUGGCAUUGCUGUGGAACCCUUGGAGGAGAUGGAUGAGUCAUCCUACUCAAAUGAAGAAACCACUCCAAAUCUGAAAUCCAUGAAGGAGUCUGGCAUUCCUAGCAAGAGGAGGAGAAGGACAUCAAAACUGUCUGCUGCUGAUGAUAUGCAAGARAGCAGUCAGUUGGAGGAUAAGAAUACUACUCCUCAAAAGUCAUCUGAACAGGCAGAAUCCAAAAGAGGGAUAGGSUCCCCUCUCAAUAGAAAGAAAACUCCAGCAUCUACUCCACGAAGCAGAAAGGGCGAUGCAGUAUCUCAGUUUUUGGUCUUUUGUCAGAAGCACAGAGAUGAGGUGGUUGCUGAACAUCCAGAUGCUUCAAGUGAGGAGAUUGAAGAACUGCUCGAAUCGCAGUGGAACAUGCUUAGUGAAAAACAGAAAGCUCGCUAUAACACAAAGUUUGCCAUAGUGACCUCUCCCAAAUCUGAAGAAGACUCUGGUUCAUCAUUGAAGAAUAUUGGAGAGGCCAAACGUAAAGUGUUUCAAGACUCACCUAAAAGGAGAUCAAGAUCCAGAAGUAAUUUACAUGGAAAUAAAAGAAACCAAAAAAAGAGGACAAAGGAGCCUACAGAAGAUUUUGAAGUUCAGGAAGCACCUAGGAAAAGACUCAGGAUGGAUAAACAGAAUAAUCGGAAGAAUCACAGAAUCCUUAGGAUUGGAAGGGGCCUCUGGAAAUCAUCCAGUCCAAUCCCCCUGCCAAGACAAAGUCAUCUAGAGCAGGUUACACAGGAAUGUGUCCAGAGGGAGACAAGCAAUGACAAAACAGCAAAAACAAACUCUUCUAAGGUCACAGAACCCUCCUCUUCACUAAAGAACCAGUCAGCAACGAAAAAUCUGUCUGAUGCAUGUAAACCUCUGAAGAAGCGAAAUCGGGCUUCAGCAGCAGAAUCUUCAACUCUUGCUUUUAGCAAGAGUUCAUCUCCUUCAGCUUCCUUAACUGAGAAUGAGAUCUCUGAUGGCCAAGGAGAUGAGCGCUCAGAAUCCCCCUAUGAAAGUGCUGAUGAAACUCAGACUGAAGUUUCUAUAUCAUCCAAAAAAUCUGAGCGAGGAGCAGGAACAAAAAAAGAAUAUGUGUGUCAGCUGUGUGAAAAAACAGGUGAUCUCCUACUGUGUGAAGGACUUUGCUAUCGAGCUUUUCAUGUAAGCUGCCUUGGGCUCUCUGGAAGACCAGCAGGAAAAUUCAUUUGUAGUGAAUGUACWUCAGGUGUGCACACCUGUUUCGUGUGUAAGGAGAGAAAGGCAGAUGUGAAACGCUGUGUUGUGUCUCACUGUGGAAAAUUCUACCACGAAGCUUGUGUGAAAAAAUUUCAUCUCACUGUCUUUGAGAACAGGGGGUUUCGAUGUCCUCUCCACAGCUGCCUCAGUUGUCAUGUUAGUAACCCCUCACAUCCACGAAUUUCAAAAGGGAAGAUGAUGCGCUGCGUGCGCUGCCCGGUYGCGUACCACGCCGGCGACGUUUGCAUCGCGGCGGGAUGCGCCGUCAUCGCCUCCAACAGCAUCGUGUGCACCAACCACUUCACUGCCAUGAAGGGGAAGAGCCACCACGCCCAUGUCAAUGUCAGCUGGUGCUUUGUGUGCUCCAAAGGUGGAAGUUUGCUGUGCUGCGAGUCGUGCCCGGCCGCCUUUCACCCUGACUGCUUAAACAUCGAAAUGCCAGAUGGGAGCUGGUACUGCAAUGACUGCAGGGCGGGCAAGAAGCUCCAUUUCCAGGAUGUUAUUUGGGUUAAACUGGGAAAUUACAGAUGGUGGCCUGCAGAAGUUUGCCAUCCGAAAAACGUUCCCCCAAAUAUCCAGAAAAUGAAGCAUGAAAUCGGAGAAUUUCCUGUGUUUUUCUUUGGUUCUAAGGAUUACUAUUGGACGCACCAAGCACGGGUGUUCCCUUACAUGGAGGGAGACAGAGGGAGUAGAUACCAAGGGAUCAAAGGAAUUGGAAAAGUCUUCAAAAAUGCUUUGCAAGAGGCUGAAGCUCGAUUUCGAGAAAUAAAGCUACAGCGAGAAGCCAAAGAAACCCAGGAGAAUGAACGUAAACCUCCACCAUACAAACACAUUAAGGUGAAUAAACCUUGUGGUAAAGUGCAGAUAUACACUGCUGACAUAUCUGAGAUUCCCAAGUGCAACUGCAAACCCACGGAUGAAAACCCUUGUGGCUUUGAUUCCGAGUGCCUCAAUCGGAUGCUGAUGUACGAGUGCCACCCACAAGUUUGUCCAGCGGGAGAGCGGUGCCAGAACCAGUGCUUUACCAAACGUCAGUACCCUGAGACAAAGAUCAUCAAAACUGAUGGCAAAGGGUGGGGUUUGGUUGCCAAGAGGGACAUUAAAAAGGGGGAGUUUGUGAAUGAGUAUGUGGGAGAGCUGAUUGAUGAAGAGGAAUGUAUGGCAAGAAUCAAAUAUGCACAUGAAAACGACAUUACCCACUUCUAUAUGCUUACUAUUGAUAAGGAYCGUAUUAUUGAUGCUGGCCCCAAAGGAAACUAUUCGCGGUUUAUGAAUCACAGCUGCCAACCAAAUUGUGAAACUCUAAAGUGGACAGUGAAUGGAGACACUCGGGUCGGGCUCUUUGCUGUGUGUGACAUUCCUGCAGGGACGGAGCUGACUUUUAAUUACAACCUUGACUGUCUGGGGAAUGAAAAAACAGUCUGCAAAUGUGGUGCCCCAAACUGCAGUGGAUUUCUUGGAGACAGACCAAAGAAUUCUUCCACUAAUGCCUCAGAAGAAAAAGGCAAGAAGACCAAAAAAAGGACACGGAAACGCAAAACGAAAAAUGAAGGGAAGAAAGAAUCUGAAGAUGAUUGUUUCCGUUGUGGUGAUGGAGGCCAGCUGGUAUUGUGUGACAGGAAGUCUUGUACUAAAGCUUAUCAUCUCUCCUGUCUUGGUUUGGUGAAACGUCCUUUUGGGAAGUGGGAGUGUCCUUGGCACCACUGUGAUGUUUGUGGCAAACCUUCUGUUUCUUUCUGCCACUUCUGCCCAAACUCUUUCUGCAAGGAGCACCAAGACAGGACAGUACUAAAUUCUAUGUUGAAUGGACAGUUAUGCUGCUCUGAACAUGUUCUCGGGGUGGAUUCUGUUGAAACUCGGAAGACUGAGAAACCCCGCAAAAAACUGAACAAGUUGAAGCCUAGGAGAAAGAGGAACAGAUGGAUGAGAGCUGAAUGCAAAUAGUCAUGGACUGCAGUUUCUACUGCUAACACUAUCUUGUAGAUAAGUUGUGAAUAUGACCAGGGAAGGACACAAUUUUACAUAUAUUCUGUAAAGGUUACAAUGGGGGGGGAGGGUGGGAUUUUUUGUUUUGUUUUUAUAAAUCCACUGAGCCAACCACAGCAGUCUUCUGCUGCUUCUGCACUGAUAACGAACUGCAUAGUUCAGCAAACUUCAGGACAAACCAAACUUAUUACUCAGCAUUACAGUUACACUUGAAUUGUUACGAAUGUAAAAUGUUCCCUCCAAAAUACUUGCAGGUUGGAGGUAGGUUAAAAUCAAACCAGGUAGGCGUAAACAUAGUUUUUUGAGAUAGUAUUUGUCAACCAACAGAUGUUUGAAAUAGUAUAUCCUUGAAAGAAGUUGUUAGUUCUCAAGUCCUUUUGAGUAAGAAAUGGCUUGGUCUGUGGUCCCAAUGAGAUUUGCUUGCCUUGUGUGUUUUUGAGCAAGUGCUUGAAUGCCAGUCAUGACCCAGGUGCGUCUCUCACUACAACCACRCACACAGCAAUUGGUUUGAGCUCUUCGAAAAUUAUUCUGAAACAAUCAUGAUCCUUAAUAUCCUUCCACCCAGAAUUGUGGUGCGCGGUGGCAAAGGCACGCCCUGUACCAGAGAGGGGGAAUCYUACUUCGUGAGAGAUUUUCUUCUGUACUGUUUUUUCCUGUAUUUCAUCCCAGCAAACUUGAAGUGACUUAGUCUUGCAGAGCUGUGUAAGUCUGGACUUAAAGGGAUAUUGUCUUGCAAUCUGGGCCCAAUACUCUAGGAUUUUUGUGUCUUAAUACAAACAAAUCUUACAAAAGUUAUUAUUUGGAAAAAAUUACUUGGUUUUUUUUGUUCCAUAACGUCAAGUAGAGGAAAAUUUUGAUUUGAAGUGCUUGGAGUCCAAGCAUUGAAAUUGUAUGGCAAUGCAAGAAAUGCCCAACAAGGAGCAAAGCCAYGCCCAUGAAUAAAACAGAAAGUGAAACUUAAAACAAUUAAGUAAAAGUGAAAUAGAUUUUUGAAGAGGCACRUAAGAAUUUUGAUGUGAAAUUUAUCCUGACUGUUCCUUUUGAUAAAGUUURUAUAAAACUGACUUCUUGACUUGACAUACUGAAUUUUUUUGUUACAUUUUAGGAGCUCUGCUCUGGACUAUGCUGUCACCAUUGUGUUGUGUCAGCAAAGCUGUUUUGAAUUCCUUGCUCCCAUUAGCAAUAGGUUUUCAGAAGCUUGCAGUGAGAUGAAUAUACAAGACUUAGGAUUGAUGGAAAUUAUAUUAGAACUAGGAAAAAACAGUAAAGAAGAAUGUCUUUGYCAGUUUUCUUCCCAGUUCAUGUCCUUGGCGUGUGAUUAGGCAGCRUUGCAAGCACAUUUUGAGUUGUGCCGUUGUGACCCACCCUCCGUAAACACCACGUGCACCUCCAUGUCCAUUUAGCCAUUUGUGUAUGUUCUAGCUUAGUUUACCCUUAAUAGUGCAGAAACUCYAUGUAGCCCUUUUGAAAAUGAAGCCUUGUUGUAUCAUGGAAACGUAUGGGGUUUUCCCAAGGAUUUGAUUUCGUUUUUGAAAUUACAAAAAUCCCCAUUUAUUCCCAGCACAUAGAAACUUCGGUUUUAUUAGAAGCUAUUAAUUGAAAGAGGUUUUAAAUGUUGCAUUGCCCUAUGUUGAACUCUUUGUAUUCUGUUUUGUGACCAAAAUGCUUUGGAUUUUGAAACAAUUUUAUAAACACUGUUGGAAGGUUUAUAUUUUUUCCAAAUAAUUUUGAAGAAAUAGCACAGUUCAAAAUCAGGAGAAGUGUUACAUGUUUUUGUUUUUUUAAAUGGUAUGCCAAGCCUUGUGCUAAAAUUCAAGAAUCCUUAAUUGAUUUUGAGGGAAACUUUUCUCUCUGCCAUGGGACUGAAGAGCAGUCCUAUGCCUAAAAUCAAAACCAAAAAAUGGUAUUAUGGGUGUUUCUCUAAUAUUGGGUUUUGAGGGAAGGAAAACUAGGUCAAGUAGUAAAGCAGAAUACUUUCCUCAUUGCUUUAAAACAAAAUGAAGGAAUUUGAUGUCAUUGGGACCAUUCUUUGAAUAYUAUACCAUGUAAGGAAGGCUUUGUAAGAAUCCCUUUAAGUAAGUUAUUAUAAAAUUUUACAUUCCAUUGCUUUUAUAAUUUUGUAUUUUUUUUAGUUGUUUUGUUGCUUUUUCCACUUCAUGUGUAGGUGUAACAGCUCUGGCACUCUGCAACAGUGAUGUCCCAGUUCCUAAGAGGCAGAUCCUCACUUCCAGAAGCCUCUGUCUCAGUUACUGACAGGCAAUGCUGCAGUAACAUCCCCGUUUGGGAUGGGGCACGGAGCUCUGGGGGCUCACAAGCACAUUUAGGACGCAGGACAGCCACCCCUUUAUGUCUGGGGACAUAAAGACUUGGGGACACARAGCCUCUUUAUAUUCACACAAACAGAUCUGAGCCGGGGGCUGUUUGACCUUCUGCUUCCUUCUACCUCUCCCUGCUCUUUUCUCCUCCACUCUCUGGGCCCACGGAGUUUGGCAUCACUGAGACUGCAGACCAGGAGUUCACUUGUGAGUUCCUAAGAAUUCAUUCAUUCUGCUGGGCACAUCCUUUAGACUGAUCUUGGAAGGAAAUGUGGAUUGUAUUCUCCCUGGCCAUGUAACCCUGCGAGCUCAGCUCAGGCACUCAGGUGGUGAYCUGGGAGAAUUUUGGGUUCUGUACCAGGACAGGUGGGGUUUAGGUACAUUUUAAUGAAGGCUUCUGUACCUUACUCUGCAUCCUGAGAAAACAGGCUAAAGUUCUGUUUAAAAAAGAAGAUAAAAGUUUUGACAUUGUUUUCCUUCUCCCACUGUUAAAAUACAAGGUAAAACAAUCCUUAAAACUUGAGCUUUCUCAUGAUGCAACUCGAUAUUUUUUAGCAUUCAGCAACUUAAAAGAUUUUCUGUUAUAAAUUAAUCUAAAAAACGUCUAACUGUGGCAUAUUAUGUGGCCUUAAAUGAUGUUCUUUGUGUCUUGCCCAUCAAAGUAGCAAAAUGUCUUUCCUUUUCCAGCAAAAAGCUGAUACAUGACAGCCAAUUUCGGRAUUUGUUGUUCUUUUAUCACAUGAGCAAGGAUGGAAACAAUUUUCAGUUGAAUAUGUUAGAUGUAUUUUCAUACAACCUAGGAAAAAUAAUCAGAGUAAAUGUCUGUUUUGUUCAAUAGCUUUGUGUUCAUGGUCAGGUUUUAGGAGGUUUUUUAUUUGAUUUACUUGGAAAAGCAAAGUAUCUUGAAAGAUGUAUUAAUGGGAUUUUUCCACAUUGUUGAGUCUCAUUAUUCCAUGUCUGACUGCUUGAGAAGUUCAAUGUCUUAUUAAAUGUUGAAUUUUAUUCCUAGU